UCUGAUAUCAGCAGCUGGAGGAAGAGAGGCAUACAAAGCGAACCGCGCAACGGCAAAUCGCACCUGGUUUUACCGUUGAUCACAUUCUCAGCAUGGACAUGAUGCAGUCUCUCACAGAUAACUCAGAGGAGAUCCUGGCCCAAGAGCACAGCAAAGCGGGGAUUGUCUGGACAGGGAAGCCAGCUGAAAGAAACUCCUCUUCCCAGAGUGCCCCUGGCAGCUGCAAGCCUCAGGACUUCAGCAGUGUCUACAGUAAAGAAUUACUUCCUCACUGCAACGGCGAGACGAGCAGACGUUUCCUCCAGGAGCUGGUGAAUAUCCUCCUCUCCUACAUCGAUAAGACCUUCGACAGGAGCAGCAAGGUGCUGGACUUUCACCACCCUCACCAGCUUAAGGAGGGCCUGGAAGGAUUCAGCCUGGAGCUGCCCGAACAGCCUGAGAACCUGGAGCAGCUCCUGGUUGACUGCAGGGACACCUUAAAAUACGGAGUCAAAACGGGGCAUCCGAGGUUUUUUAACCAGCUCUCGUCUGGCCUGGACAUCGUUGGGCUGGCAGGAGAAUGGCUGACGUCCACCGCCAACACAAACAUGUUUACGUUUGAAAUAUCCCCGGUUUUUAUCCUGAUGGAGGAAAUUGUUUUGAAGAAAAUGCAUGAAAAAGUGGGCUGGGAGGAAGACAAAGGCGAUGGCAUUUUCUGUCCAGGUGGUUCUAUGUGCAACCUGUACAGUGUGUUGCUCGCCCGGUACCAUCACUUCCCUGAGGUGAAGAAGAAGGGGAUGGCUGCCCUCCCCAAGCUGGUCUUAUUCACUUCCGAACAGAGUCACUACUCCAUAAAGAAAGCCGCCAUGGUUCUUGGCAUCGGAACAGAAAAUGUUUUCGUGGUGAAAUGUGAUGAAAGGGGGAAGAUGAUCCCAAGAGAGCUGGAGCUCUGCAUUAACAGAGCCAAAUCUGAGGGCUACACUCCGUUUUACGUUAACGCCACAGCUGGCACCACCGUUUUCGGGGCGUUCGACCCCCUGCCCGACAUCGCCGACAUCUGCCAGCGACACGGCCUGUGGAUGCAUGUGGACGCGGCGUGGGGGGGUGGCCUUCUCCUGUCAAAGAGACACUGCACCAAACUGCGCGGGAUAGAACGGGCAUCGUCCGUCACCUGGAACCCUCACAAGAUGAUGGGAGUGCCUCUGCAGUGCGCCGCCCUGCUGGUGAGGGAGAAGGGAUUGCUGCAGGAGUGUAACCAGCUGAGAGCGGAUUACCUCUUCCAGCCGGAUAAGCACUACGACGUCUCCUACGACACCGGAGACAAGAGCAUCCAGUGCGGCCGGCACGUGGACGUCUUCAAGCUGUGGCUCAUGUGGAAGGCCAAGGGCUCCGAGGGCUUCGGGUCGCAGGUCAACAGGUGUCUGGAAAACGCUGAAUACCUGUUCACCUGCCUGAGGAAGAGGGCGGACUUUGAGCUGGUCUUUAAAAGCAAGCCGGAACACAGCAACGUCUGUUUCUGGUACAUUCCCCCCAGUCUGAGAGGAGCCCCUCGAGGCCCGGACAGGGACCGCAGGCUGCAUGAGGUUGCUCCAAAGAUCAAAGCCAAGAUGAUGGAGGAGGGGAUGGUGAUGAUCGGCUAUCAGCCACUUGGAGAGAAGGUCAACUUCUUCAGGUGCGUCUUCUCCAACCCAGCCACCAAGGAGGAGGAUGUAGAUUUCCUAUUGGACGAGAUUGUGAGGCUGGGGUGUGACCUAUGACCUGUCGGAUUGGUGGCAGCCAAUGAGAACAGUGUUAAUCUGCGCGCUGGUCAGUGGAAUUACAACCAGGAAAACAACCGUCAUGCAGAAUGUGGGUAAAUGAAGGGGAAAGGAAUUCUUACAUCCUGAAUGCAUCUUUUAAACUGUUUGUAUGUUUGCACCUUCAAACCAUUUAAGGCAUGUCACAGUAACAGCUCGUUGCUGGUAUUUUUCAGCAUCCAAAAAGUUGCUCUCUUCUUAGACCAUAACCAAAGUUAUUCUCUUCUUUGACCCGUCUGUCUUAAAUUAUGGGCAAACUGCAAUGCUAGAGGAUUGAAGAGAGCCCUAAUUUUCUGUGCUAAUAGCCUCUAUCUAGUCUAAGCAUAGUUUGGCCAUAUCUGAUAUUUGAAAUUAUGUUAUGUGGAGUUAACAUAAAAAUAUAACUCAUUUAAUUCCCCUAAGACAAAGCGCAUUUCAGUCAUACAUUACAUUGCAAUAAAUUCAUUUAGCAGAUACUCUGAAGUCUAGAGAAGUCUGGAGCGACUUCAAACACAAUUGAACAGAAGUGUAUCAAUCCAAGUUAAAUGAGUAACAGUGUCAAACCAGGCUAACGACACUCCCAGACCAGUGAGUGUGAGCACAACACUAUUCAAGCCCUACUACAAGUUAACUUAAGUACAUAUACUACCAUAUAUCUCAGUGUCACUCGAUCACAAUAUCCACAAAACAUCAUGAUACUACAAGUAAAUAAGCAGCAAGUAUUACGAGUAGUGGGUGCCAGGGGGGUCUGCACUGAUGUGGAACUGAAAUGCAGUCUGAAGAGGUGGGUCUUGAGUCUGUGUCGGAAGAUGGC